AAAAAAAAAUCUGUGAAGUUUGAACGAGCGGCCUUCUCAAGAUGUACCGAGUCUCUCAACUGAUGUCGACACCAGUAGCAAAUUCCUCCAGGUCAAACAGAGGACUUUCUGGAGAGCUGUCCCCCACAUGCCUUUUCCCAAGCUUUGGUUGUGACUUCCUGGAUGGAGACAUUUCUUUUGAAUGCUGCUCCAUAGAUCCCCUGACAGGCUCCCACUAUGUCUGCCGCAGAAGCCCUCGACUCCUCACCAAUGGCUACUACAUUUGGACUGAGGACAGUUUCCUCUGUGACCCAGAUGGCCACAUCACUCUGAACCCCUCACAUACCAGUGUUAUGUACAAGGAGAAUUUAGUUAAAAUAUUUAGAAAGAAAAAGAGAACCCACCGUUCUCUUUCUUCUCUCUUGGACCUCAGAGCCUCUAAAUCUUGGCUGCAUGGAAGCAUCUUUGGAGAUGCCGACUCACCUCCAAGUGAGGACACUUGGCUGGAGGGCAUCAGGAGCCUGGGAAGUGAUCUGGACUGUUCUUCUCUGAGUGAUGGGUGGGAGUCUCAGAAGCCAACCACAGACAUUCCAGAAGCCUCUUCUGGCCAUGUUCUGUCUCAGCAUCUCCGAGAAAGCUCCCAGAAUUGUUCUCUUCAGCCUCAGAUGAAAGCAUCAGGACAUUUCCAAAAGACCAUUCUGGCGCAUUCAAAAGCCAGCCUGAUGCACAAGUUCUCCUUUCGGGCAACCCUGCUAGCAGUGUGCUUAAUCGUUUCUGCAUGUGCAAGAUGGUUUAUGGGAGGAGAAUUAGCCAGCAUCUUUACCUGCACAUUGAUGAUCACAGUAGCUUGUGUUAUGAAGUCACUGUUUCUCGGCCUUGCCAGCUAUUUCAAAGCCAUAGCCUGUGCUAAAUUUGAUAGCACUUGAAGAAUGCUGGUGAUGAAUGUCUUCUGAAUAUCCAGAAACAGUAAUUUGUGGUCUGCUUGGAAUGAAUCAACCACUUUAUUGGAAGGGAAUGAGCAAAUGGAUAACUGAAGAAAAAAAAAAACCUCUAAUUUGACAACGUAAUUUCUUUCUAAAAUCUCAAUUUCCACAUGUAAUAGUAAUUGGUUCAUGACAUUAAUAUUAAAUUUUCUUUCAUUCACAAACACUGUCAGUUGAAAGGGAAGGGACAGGGGAAUGUGACAGAGCAGAGGCGGCCUGGAGUAACGCUCCCCUGUUAUCCCUAAGGUGGUGUACCUGAAACAUUAAUUUUAAUUAGAGAAUUUUGUGAGAGGCUUGGAACAUGAGAGGCUGUGGUCUGCCAGCAUGCAGCUAUGCUUUGCUGACCUACUUUAACCAAACAAUGCAAACAAGCUUAUAUAAUUAAUACAUGCUGCAUAGGAAAUAGGCACAGUUUGCACAUACAAUAUAAUGUUGCAAAAAUUUAUCUCCUUUGAAACAUGCAUUGAUGUUAGAUGUGAUAAGAGGUGCUGUGGUUUGUCUCCAAAUGUCCAUGUGUCAAAACCUUGAUUGUCAGUAUGACAAUGUUAAGAGGUGGUGGGACCUUUAAGAAAUAGGACCAGUGGAAUGUCCUUGGUCAUUGGGGAGCUUCCCUGAGAAUGUAUAAACAGUCAGACCCUCAGUCUGGCUCUGGCUUUCUGUCCUGCUAUAUGAUCUCUUCCUCUCACAACUCCCAUGUGAUGUGAUGCUGUCCACCUUGAAACCAUUGAAUGAAGCAGAUGCUGGCACCAUGCAUUUGAACCUCCAGAACUGUGGGCCAAAGGACUCCUUUUCCAUUACUAAGUAUUAUGCCUUGGGUAUUUCAUUUACAUGAUGGGAAACAAAGAGAGUAGCUGAUCAUUGAUGGAAAAUGAGCAGGAGAGAGCUGUUAUUUUGGAAUAGGAAUUCUUCUUUUGAAUGAUUUUCUUUACUACUUUUUUUUUAAUUUCUGGGGAACAAUGAUCAUCAUUCAAAUUGUAAUUAAAAUAUGAUACAUAAAAAUUCCUUAAAGACAAAAUAAAGGAAAAAUUAGUAUUUGAAAACACAAGAAAAUGGUGAAACUAUAUAAUUGGAUGAAAAGUUAUAGAAGACACUUAUCCUUCUUACCUCUCACCAGGCAAUUUCAGAUAUGGUCUGCUGAGGAUGUUCUAUGCUACAUCCUCCAGUGAGAAACUUCUGUGUGUUGAAAACUAUUUACUUUAAAAUGAUAAUGCCAAAAAAACAAAAACAAAACAAACAAACCCCUUUCAUAUCUGUGAUGGUUAAUAUUCAUUGUCAACUUGACUGUAUUUAGCAUCACCUCUGAGACACACCUUUAGGUAUUUCUAUGCGGUUGUUUCUAGAGAGGUUGAACUGAAGAGAGAAGACUUGCCCUUAACAUGGGUACCAACAUCUUAUGGAUUGGUGUCUUGGACUGAAUAAAAAAGGAAGGGAGAAAGGAAGCUGAGAAUGUGCAUUCAUAUCUCUCUCUCUCUUUCUUGACUGUGGACACAAUGUGACCAGUUACCCAGGCUUCUGCUUCCUAUCAUGAUGCACAGUAUCCCUUUAAACUUUGAGUCAAAUAAACCCUUCUUUCUGUAAGUUACCUUUGCCAGGUGUUUUGUCAAAGCAAUAAAAAAGUAACUAAUAUAACACCACUUUUAUUUCUGGACAUUUUUGGUUGAUUGAAAUUAUACUAAUAAGUAAGUAGACUCACCAUCAACUUACAUAUAUAGUAUGUGUGUCAUAUAAUUUAUAUUUACCUACAUCCAUAUACCUUUUCACACAUCUAAUGACCUUGAUUAUUUGGAUUUUUUGUUCAUUUGUUUUUACUAGUUUAUUUGUGUUUUGACUUUUUUUUUUUUUUUGGUAUUUGGUUUCAGAGAUAGGAUCUCUCACUCUACAGCCCAAAGAUAGCCCAGAAUUCGCUAUGUAACUCAGGCUGGCCUUAUAUUCAUGACAAUCCUCCUGUCCCAGCCUUCUGAGUGUUGUGAUGACAGUCAUGAGUCUCCAAGACCAACCGUAUAUUUUCACUUCACAUUGUAUAAAUGUCUUAUUAUUUUAUGAGAUAGAUGGAAUACAGAUAUUUUUUUCUAAACUCAUUGCUUGUGUUUUCACUUUGUUGAUUGUUUCCUUAGCUGUGCAUAAGUUUUUAAUUUAAUAUAC